AUGGUGCUUCGACAGUGCAAGAAAACAAAAAAGCUCCUUCUGAAAAGGAACAAUAUCAUCGGUUCCGCCAAGUUGAUCAAGGAAUACGAUGAGAAUUUCGUGUUUGACCGUGAUUUUCCUCAACUCAAGUUUCGGCUUGAGACGUUAGAUAGCUUGUGGGAGAAGUUCAAUGAGGUGCAGGCAGAAAUUGAACUUGAGGAUGAGCUUUCGGAGGAACUUGCUGAAGAACGCGUUGAUUUUGAAACGCAAUACUUCGAAUUGAAAGGCUCAUUAGCCACCAAACUUGCGGUCUUUGAUGAAAGAGCUGAAAGGCGGCCCGGUUCACCUGGUGCUCCGCCUGCACAUGCUCCUUUUGUUCGCCUCCCUGAACUUAAAAUUCCGGAGUUCAGUGGAGAUUACGAUGAGUGGAUGAAUUUUCACGACCUUUUCACCACUCUCAUCCACACUAAUGGCCAACUUUCGGCAGUACAGAAGUUUCAGUACUUGAAAACUGUACUGAAAGGUGAUGCUUUGCGACUCGUGCAAUCUCUCGCAGUCUCCGCGGCAAACUAUGCUAUUGCGUGGGACUUGCUAAAAAAGCGGUUCGACAACAAAAACUUCCUCAUCAAGCAACAUUUUUCGGCAUUAAUGUCCACUCCAUCUGUGCGCAAAGAGUCUUCGUCUGCGCUGUGCAACCUUGCGGACGAGUUCGACAAACACGUGAGCGUGCUCAAUAAAUUAGAAGAUCCCAGAGAACAUUGGAACUCGUUCCUAGUUGAACUGCUCAGCAGCAAACUUGACCCGUUGACGCAAAAGGAGUGGGAGAAUCAGCUUCAGGAGAAUGUGCGGCCAGUGUAUGCUGACCUGGUUGCCUUCAUCCAAAAACGUUCUCGCAUUUUGCAGUCAAUUACGCUCUCCCAACCUUCGCCUUCUACGAGUAAAUCCGAACCGAAGCAUGAGUCCAGACCCUCUCGAUCAAAAACCUCAUUGUACCACUCAGCCAACAGUGAUAGCACUCAAAAGUGCAGUUUGUGUAAGCAAUCGCACACACUAUCGCAGUGCGAUGAAUUUAGGAAGCUAACGCCUCAAAAACGCUUCGAGUUGGCUAAACGGCAAGGACUUUGUCUAAAUUGCCUGAAAUCAUCUCACAUGAUGAAAAACUGCUCAGCUGGUUCGUGUAGGACCUGUAAUAAACGUCACCACACACUUUUGCAUUUGAAUUCGCAGUCUGCCAGCAAUACAGAGUCCCACGAUAAAUCUGUGGCAGCACAGGUUGGCCAAUGUCAGCAAUCCCCACAAUCGGCCACGGUCGUCGAAUCGCCGUCGUCGGUACCGUGCAUUGUCGAUCAAUGUCACGGGGUCCCUCGGGUUACGGGACAGGCCUCGUCGCCGUCGGAUAGGCCAACCAAUCGUUCGUUAUCGUCCGUUUCGUCGCCGGUUCCCCCGGUUAUACCGUCAAGCUUAGCUCAUAGCUCCUUGCAAGUGACGAACUGCCAAACCGUCACACCCAAUCACUCUUUCGUAUCGAAAGCAUGUAUCUCGUCAGUGUUCAUGCUUACUGCCUUCGUGAAAGUCCAACACGUGGAUGGCACUCAUAUUCUCGCUCGCGCCUUGCUGGAUUGUGCAUCCGAAGCCAAUUUCGUAACCCAAUCUCUCGCUCAACGGCUUUGCUCGAAACGCACACCAGCCAAUAUCGAUGUGUACGGCAUCAGUCAAACAGUCAAACAGGUGAAGCACAAAACGAUCAUUACUGUAUCGUCGCGCUUCGGUUCGUACACAAGUAGCAUGGAAUUUCUAAUUUUGCCCACAUUGACUAGAGUCCUACCCACUGCAACUGUUGACAUUUCGAAGUGGGUCAUUCCUCGCCACCUUCCCCUUGCUGAUCCUAAAUUCAACAUUGCGCAUGAUAUCGACCUCAUCAUCGGUAUCAAAAACUUCUUCUCGAUUCUGGAGAACGAUCAAAUCUCCGUUGGAAAUGGCUUGCCAGUGCUUCGCAAAACAGUUUUCGGUUAUGUUGUCGCCGGUGAAGCAGAACAACCAUGCGCCCCCUCCGUCGUCUGCAACGUGUCAUCGAUGGACAACCUGGAGUCGAUGGUUCACAAGUUUUGGGAGGUGGAGAGUUUUGAGAAGGGAAAGGCGCUCUCGUUGGAGGAGCUAUACUGCGAGAAUCAUUUCCGAAAGACACACUAUAGAGCUUCUGACGGUCGGUACGUGGUUCGUUUGCCGAUUCGUAGGGAGAUGCUUGACUCGUUGGGAGAGUCGUUCAGAAUCGCCGAGCGGCGGUUUUCGGCCAUCGAGAGGAAGCUGUCGUCUGAUCCACAACUACACGCAGAGUACUCGAAGUUCAUGGAUGAGUACCUAUCGUUGGGGCACAUGGAGGAAAUCAAGCCUGAUUUAUCUCCGUCUACCCCGCACUUCUAUCUUCCUCACCACGCCAUUCAGCGGCCCGACAGCACCACCACGAAGACACGCGUGGUGUUCGACGCUUCGUGUCGCGGCAGCAACAACAUUUCGCUGAACGAUCUCUGCUAUAUUGGUCCCACCGUCCAACCGCCCCUCAUCGCUACACUAGUCAACUUUCGCAUUCCUCGCUUUGCGGUGAGUGCGGAUGCCGAGAAAAUGUACCGGCAAGUGUGGGUUCACCCGGAUGACUCUUUGCUGCAACUGAUCCUGUUUCGGGAGAAUCCAGCCGAGGAAUUGAAGACCUAUCGGCUGAAAACGGUGACAUACGGGACUGCCCCUGCACCGUAUCUCGCUACACGCGUUCUCAAUCAGCUCGCCGAGGACGAAGCCGACAAAUACCCUCUCGCUGCUUCAAAGGUUGGAAAAUGUUUCUACGUUGAUGAUUACUUUUCGGGGGACAACAACGAACAACAAUCGAUUCAAUUUUGA